AUGGAUGUGGAUAACACCACGUCAGAGGCGAGGGCGCAUGAGUCGAUUAAUCAUGCGUCGGAGCGAGCUAAUUCGACUAGCAAGACUCCUAUCGUCCCACUUGAACCUAGUUCAUGCGAAAAUCUUCAAGGAGUUGGAGAGAAUAUUUCUAUUGUUGCUCCUACCCCACGUAGGUCUGCCAGAAUCAGAAACAAACAGUUUGUUGAGGUUCUGAUAACUGAGGAUUCAGAAAUCUUCUUAUUGGAGAAUGAAGAACCUACAACCUACAAGAAAGCUUUGGUAAGCCCCAACUUAGAUAAAUGGCUUGAUGCCAUGAAGUCCGAAAUGGAAUCAAUGUCUGAAAAUGAAGUGUGGACCCUAGUUGACUUGCCUGAUGGGGUAAAACCUAUUGAUGACAUACUUCUCAUGGAAAAUGACAUACCAAUGUUUGAGUCUGUCAAGGAAUGGUUGAAGAGUUGUUUUUCCAUGAAGGACUUGGGUAACGCUGAGUACAUUUUGGGAAUCAAGAUCCAUCAAGACAGGUCUCGAAGGAUGAUUAGACUAAGUCAAGAGACUUAUAUUGAUAAGGUUCUUGACAGGUUUGAGAUGACAAACUCCAAGAGAGGAUUUCUCCCCAUGUCUCAUGGCAUUACGCUCAGUAAAUCUCAAUGUACGGUUAUGCCGGAUGAGAUGAGACGUAUGGCUAUCACUCCUUAUGCUUCUGCAAUAGGAUCGAUAAUGUAUGCCAUGAUUUGUUAUACGGAUGCGAGUUUCCUGAUAGACAGCGAUGACUUUAGAUCACAGUCUGGGUACAUUUUCUGUCUGAAUGGAGGAGCAGUGAGCUGGAAGAGUUCGAAGCAAAGCACUGUCGCAGACUCUACAAUAGAAUCAGAACAUUUGGCUGCAGUUGAAGCGGCCAAAGAAGCUGUUUGGAUAAAGAAAUUCCUAACUAAGCUGGAUAUCAUGGGUAACCGUAACAAUGAUGACAAUUCUUUACCUCCAACGAUGAUAACAAGGCUUAACUUUCUCAACUUCAACGAUUGGGAAAGCGAACUUAGAAGUGUUCUAAAGAACGAAAAUCUUGAAUUUCGUUUAGACUUACCAAUCGAGGGCAGAUUUAGUCCAAGCAUGACUCUCGAGAAGCAUUUGAGAAAUGUUUCAGAUUAUGAGAGAAUUGCGCAUAUGAUGUUGUCUUCUAUUCCAGAGGAUUGA